UGAAACCUCCGCCCAUGUUUCGAUACACUCUAGACAGCAACAACAACGUUAACCAAAACUCAGCACUCCUCUCCUUCUCUUCUCUUUUUCAAAUAUAAAUCCCCUCACAUUUCUCUUCCCUCUUCUUCUUCUUCUCCAAAACACUCUUUCACACUCUUGGACUCAUCGCCCAUCUCGAACAGCAAUGCCUCACCUUCUUCAAUCCACAUUUCUUCCCUCCACUUCCUCCUCCCCUUGUCUCCGCCCCACCACCCACUCCCAGAACCGCCUCCUCCACCUGUCCAGACCCGCAAGGAGGACCCGAAUCAGCGCCAAGAUCCGCGAAAUCUUCAUGCCGGCUCUCAGUUCUACUAUGACUGAAGGCAAGAUCGUCUCCUGGGUCAAGUCCGAAGGGGAUAAGCUCUCCAAGGGCGAGAGUGUUGUCGUCGUCGAGUCUGAUAAGGCUGACAUGGAUGUCGAGACGUUCUAUGAUGGGUUUCUUGCUAAGAUUAUGGUGGAGGAAGGUGGGGUUGCGGCUGUGGGGUCCGCUAUUGCUUUGUUGGCCGAGACUGAGGAGGAAAUCGCGGAGGCUCUGGCUAAAGCUGCUUCUUCGGGUGGUGGGUCGAUUGAGGCGGCGCCGAGUGCUGAAGUGAAGGAGCCAAAAGCGGAAGUGGAAAAGAUUGUUGAAAAGGUGGGGCCGCCAGCGGCGGAGAAGGAGCUGAAGGUGUUGGGAUCGAGUGUGCAUCCGGCGUCGGAGGAAGGGAAGAGGAUAGUGGCGUCUCCGUACGCGAAGAAGCUAGCGAAGGAGUUGAAGGUUGAGUUAGGGAGAGUGGUGGGGACUGGGCCAUUGGGGAGGAUUGUGGCUAAGGAUGUCGAGGCGGCUGCAGCUGAGGCUGCCACUCCGGUGGCUGCUUCUCCUUCUGGUGGGGCGGCCGCUAAGACAGCAGCUGCGGCGGCAGGGAUUGCAUUGGGAAGUGUGGUGCCAUUCACGACAAUGCAGGGUGCUGUGAGUAGGAACAUGGUGGAGAGUUUGAGUGUUCCUACUUUUAGAGUUGGUUACACUAUUACUACUGAUGCUCUUGAUGCUUUGUACAAGAAGAUCAAGUCCAAGGGAGUGACAAUGACAGCAUUGCUUGCAAAGGCGACAGCACUUGCAUUGGUUAAACAUCCUGUUGUGAAUUCUAGUUGUAGAGAUGGUAAUAGCUUUACGUAUAAUAGUAGCAUCAACAUUGCUGUUGCUGUGGCUAUAGAUGGCGGCUUGAUUACGCCAGUGCUUCAAGAUGCUGAUAAGGCUGACAUUUACACAUUGUCGAGAAAGUGGAAAGAGUUAGUUGAUAAGGCCCGUGCCAAGCAGCUGCAACCUCAUGAAUACAAUACAGGAACUUUCACUCUUUCUAACCUUGGAAUGUUUGGCGUGGAUCGCUUUGAUGCCAUUCUACCACCUGGAACAGGUGCGAUAAUGGCUGUUGGAGCGUCUGAGCCCACCGUUGUCGCAACCAAGGAUGGUAGGAUCGGCAUGAAGAACCAGAUGCAGGUAAAUGUCACAGCUGAUCAUCGUGUAAUAUACGGCGCUGAUCUUGCUCAAUUCUUGCAAACCCUGGCAAAGAUUAUCGAGGAUCCCAAAGAUCUUACAUUCUAGUUGAACAUCUCCAUCACAAAUGAGUUCUUCCCUUUUCAAUUGUUGGAUAUCUUCCUCCAUGUAUGUUCCCAAUGCUCAUUUUUUCUGGUCAUUGAUACGCGAUCUUGAUGGUGUAGAAUCAUAUACUGAAAAUUGUGGGAUCUAAUCACUGUGUUCAAAACCCUAAAAAGAACAAGAGGAGAUUUUGAAGUGCCAUGCUUAUUUCUUAUUUUCAUUUAUUAACAGUGUUGAAAUUUUUUUUUCACUUUGAUACCAUCAACUCUUGGUUCUGUUGUGUUAUUAAAUUUAGGCUGUCAAUUGUUGUCAAAUCUUCUUCAUCAACUAGGUGAAGCAUUAAUAUACUUGUCAAGUUUUUGGAUUUAUUGUUCA